AUGUUUCCGCCUCCACCAGCUUCUGAUAUCGACUGGUCAAGCGUCGACCUCUCCCUUAAGAUCCCAGUCAAGGGUCACGUCGAGGCUCGCUACAAUGCCUCGACCGGCACCUGGAGUGUGCCCGUCCUCGAGACGAACCCGAACAUCUCUGUAAGCGGCAUAUCCCCCGCCUUGAACUAUGGGCAGCAAUGCUUCGAGGGCAUGAAGGCCUACCGACAGACGUCAGGCGACAUUGUCAUCUUCCGCCCCGAGGUCCACGCCGCACGCAUGGCCAAGUCCGCUGCGGCCGUGUGCCUCCCACCGCCUCCCAAGGACCUGUUCAUCGAGUGCGUCCGCGCGGCGGUGGCCGCCAACGCCGAGCUGGUCCCGCCCUCAUCGUCCAACGGCGCGUUGUACAUCCGCCCCGUGCUGUUCGGGUCUUCAGCGCAACUGGCGUUGGCACCGUCAGAGGAGUCCAUCCUAGCAGUCUACGUCUACCCUCUUCUGCCCUACCACGGCUCGGCCGCCACCGACGCGCUGAUCUUGGAGGAUUUUGACCGCACGGCGCCUUUCGGAACUGGGCCAUUCAAGGUCGGCGGGAACUACGCGCCCGUGUGGAAGCACGCUGCGGCCGCCAAGGAGAAGGGCUACGGGAUCACGCUGCACGUGGACAGCGCCACCCGGACCAAGAUUGACGAGUUCUCCACGAGCGGCUUCUUGGGCUUCAAGUCUGAUGGCUCCGAGAAGACUCUUGUCGUCCCGCUUGCUGAGAAUGCAGUGCAGAGUGUCACGAGCGCAUCGUUGACCAGGAUAGCAGAGCUGCAGGGCUGGAUUAUCCAGCGUGAUGAUGUCCCAUUACAUACGCUUUCUUCCAUCCAAGAGGUGGUCGCGGUUGGUACGGUGGCAGUUGUUGUUCCCAUUCGAAGCAUCUCUCGCUUGUCCACGAGCGACAAGUUCACGUUCCCCGGUACUUCGAACCCGGACAAGAUCGAAAGCCAGCUGCUGGGACUGGCUCGUACACUGUCAGACAUAGCACGAGGCAACCGGAAGGACACUGAAGGAUGGUGCUGGAAGGUCACGGAGCAUGGCCCGGACAGAAGCACUCCCAGCCGUCUGUAG